AUGCCUCCUGAAGAUCUCGCCGCCGACGGCAAAGCUGGGCAGCCCUCGUAUAGCCAGGAAAUAAACGUGAUCAACACAGAGAAUUAUGGAGCCCUGUACAGUCUGGUGGACGAUCUGGCGGAAGUGCUUAGCGAGAACGCGAAGCUAAAACAGGAGAUAUGGACACAGACAGAUCAGAUCUCUACGUCACUUAUUGCCAAUUACCAGGGCCUAAUUCCCGCGGAGGACGAAAGCAGGUUCAAAUAUGGCAAUUUACAGCCCAUUGACAAAACACAACUGGAGUCGUCGUCACCGAAAACCAGGCGAAUCCAGGAACUCAGGCUGGAAAACCAGCAACUGGCAGAACUUCUGAUAAGCAGGAAAAAAUACAACCAAGCACUGCGCGACACUGUUGACGACUCAGAGGAUAAUUUCCUGCAGAUUCUGGAGGCUUUGUCUCAAAAAUGUAUCGAAUUGAACAAGCAGCAGCUUGAGGACCAAAAACGCUACAGCGAGCAAAUCCUCAUCAAGAAACAACAGAUGCACGCCAAAUUCCUCCAACUGGCAGAGAUGGACGAAAAAGUCAAACAGCUAUACUCUCUUUUCCACCAAUUGCGCACAUACCUAGACGAGAAUGUCGACCUACAAAUUGCUCACAGAUCAUAA